AUGGAUCACUUUCUAGACAUACAAAGAAAUAAUAAUGGAGUAGUUGACAGUGUAAGUAUUAGUUUUAGCGACUGCUGUAACAAUAGCGACAGUGAUAAAUUGCAACAAGACUGCAUAAAUGAUGAACAGCUUCUACAAUUCGACAAUGAAACUCAGUUUCACCGGCAUUUUAGCCCCGUUCCAAUAAGACAAUUUAAACAUCCAUAUCCCAGCAACACAAUAGUACCGGAUGGUUAUGGCAAAUUUGUGCCUAAAAACGUAAUAAGCUACUCACAACCAACUAAUCAACUAUUACCUCCAAUGCACAAUUUUAAUCAGCGCAUGGCAGUACCCAUGGGUAAACAAUUCACUGUCAAGAGGCAGCCUGUAAGUUUUAGACCGCAGCCUAUAGUUAAAGGGUUAUACAAUAUGGUCAAUGGAUUAGAGGCAUUGCCUAUGGCUGGGCCAAUGCCUGUUGCUGGUCAACCAAUGGUUAAGGCUUACAUGCUAAAUAGACCAGAGCAACCGGUUUUACUACAGCAACCAUUGCAUAUGAAGGUUUCUCCGCAAAAUUUGCCCUCAGUACUCACUAAAGAGACAAAAUUUGAUAUGAGACAUGCGUACAAGUCCUUUGAACCCAAUAAGCGUUCGAUAUUAGUUGAAAGGGCCAACCAAUGUGCAUUACUUUACUUGGCAGUUAAAAAUCGCAAUGUUCUAUCAUUUUUGGGUUUGGAAGCUAAUAAAAAACCGCCACCCCCCAAUGUGACAGGGUUGAGAUUUGAAGAGCAUGAUUUGCCGUACACUGAAAUAAAAACUGAUAAUUUAUGGCGAUAUAUAGAAGCUUGGCGAGGUAAUAUGUUUGAAUUGAACCAUAAGAUGGCUAAUGAUGGGUACAAAGUGGCCAUUAGUCCAUCAACACUAACAUUACUGGGAUCAAUCAUCGAGAUGAAGCUAAUAGAUUUAUUGUCUGAGCUUGUGAAGGCCGCAGAAGGGAGUAACAUAAUAACUAUGGAACACCUGCGUACGUGUAUUCAGAAGAGUUCAUUGGAUAUAGCACCCUCCAGUGUCAGAAAAAUAGAGAAUAUUUACGCCAAAAUUACUGGGCACUAUUGA